AUGGCCAUGAGUGUAGAUCAUGAUCAAGGUUUUCAUGAUGGUUUCCUGUGGGAAAAUCUAUCUUGGUUUGAUCUCACAAAUUCUGAUGACUUGGGUGAGAGUAGCAAACCAAAGUUAGACGUGAAAUCAACGAACCAGAACGAAGAAAUUAACGAAGGAGAAGCUCUUGCGAAUAAGAAGCGAAAGCGAGGUGGGGCCGUGACUAGAAGUGAGAGUAAUACUACAAUUGGUGAAGGAAAAGAUGGAAAGUAUCGCGAUUCUGAUCAUGAAAUGCACAUAUUGACUGAGAGAGAAAGGCGAAAGAAAAUGAGGAACAUGUUCGCUAGCCUUCAUGCUUUGCUUCCUCAGCUUCCUUCUAAGGCUGAUAAAUCAACCAUUGUGGAUGAAGCUGUGAAGCAAAUAAAAAAUCUACAACAAAUUCUUGAAAACCUAGAAAAGAAGAAGCAAGAAAAGCUCAAAUCUGUUUCUCCAUUUGGGAGUGAGUCAUCAUCAGUGAUCAACAACUCACAAUGGCAUCCCUAUGAAUCAAGGGAAGCAAUCUUAGUUGAUCAAGGAUCCUCAAGUUAUAAUAAUAACUUGCCUACAAAUGCAAUUGUAACUUCAAAUCCUUCAAAUGCAUUAUUACUAUCUGCACCUCCAACUCAACAAGUAGCUUUCCAAACUUGGUCUUCUCAAAAUGUUGUCUUGAACAUUUGUGGUAGUGAAGCACAAUUCUGCAUAUGUGCUACUAAGAAGCCUGGUUUCUUGACAACAAUUGCUUUUGUUUUGGAGAAAUAUAUGAUUGAUGUUGUAUCUGCCAACAUUUCUUGCAAUGGAAAUGGAAACUUCUACAUGAUUAUGGCUCAUGCAAAACAAGGUUCACAUCAAGAUGCAAAUUCAUUGGAGGAAAUUUACAAGCAAGCAGCUUUAGAAAUUAUGACGUUGAUCUUUUAA